AUUGUCAGAACAGGUAACAGGUUGUCGAAAACUUUGUCGAAGUUUAUAAAUCAGUUCGAGUUCUAAGAAAAGUAAUUGUUUAUGUUUAUGUCCAAUGUUGAGGCGAUAGCUUAAAUUAAUCAUCAUGAAAACUGACACAGAUGUUCUAUUUUCGAGGAAGCGUACCGGUCAAAUGGACCCAACAGUCAACAUUUCAAAGGCUGUUUUGAUAUGUAACAUGUUCCAUUUCUUUUUUGCUGCAAGCAAAGCUUGUCUGUUGCCUUUUUUGACCAUAUUUCUGCGUUUAUUGGGGAUGUCAGCCACAGAAACUGGAGUAGUGAUUGCUCUAAAGACAAUAACUGGGUUUUUUGGGGCACCAAUCUGGGCAAGAUGUGCUAUAUCGUAUAAUAAGAGGCGUUUUGUUUUGAUGUGUUCAGUAUUUAUGUUUGCAGCUUCUUACCUCUCAUUAACUGUUUUAUAUCAACAAACAACACACUAUAAAACCUGUAAUAAUACAGGAAAUGAAAAUAACAGGUUGAUCAUUCCAUCUUUUUUUGAACCCCUAUUUAAUAAUUCUCAUGAGUUAAAACCUCAAACAAAACCUACCAUAAUGCCUUCACCGAUUACCACUGUUACAGAACCUGUAUUAUCAUCUUCAACACAUAAACAACCAACUCUUCCAACCACAACUAAGGCAAAAGCUACAACUGUGCCAUCAACUACAACACCAUCAUCACAUGUAGAAACAUCUACGUCCCGUACCAGUACAAUCAACACAACUGAAAUCAACAAGUAUUCCACUAGUGAUCAGCUACAACUAAUUGUCAAAGAUUUAAUUUUAAGUAUGAACUUGACCACAGAAAAAUUGAAUAGUCUAGAUAUAACAGGACGUGAAUUAUACGAUAUGAUUCAUAAUGAAGAUCCAACGUUAGAUGUGAGUGUAGAUGAAAUCAGUGAAUUAUGGAACAUUUUAAAGAAUUCCACAAAUUAUCAGCAUAAGCCAAGUAGACAGCAUAUAUUCAAUAAAUCUAGUAUUUAUAAACGAAGUGUAAAUAUAACAUGGUAUAGUACUAUUGAUAAAGGCAAACAAUUGUGGAACAACAUGCAGGAAGAAAAACUUGAACUUUUUUUAAUUGUGUUAUUGGUAGUUAUAAUAGGAGAAUUUCUGAGCUGUUCCAUAGAAAAAGUUGCUGAUGAUGCAUGGUUUGACUUUUUGGAUCGCAUUGAUGACCUUGAAAAAUAUGGCAAGCAAAGACUAGGGGGAAACUUUGCUUUUGUAAUUUUUCCCGUGUUAAUAACUCUGUCUGUGCAAUUCACAGAUUGUCUUCUGCCACUGGACAUCAACCAUUUUUUGUUGCAUUUCUAUGCUUUUGGUGGCUUUUUGGGUCUAACCUUUGUAGUAUCUUACUUUUAUCCAGUCCCCCCACCCCAGAAACAUGACUAUAACAGUAAGGUGAUGAAGGGAUUAAGAAUUAUAUGCUGUGACUGCCAAGGUUUAAUGUACACACUUACGCUGCUUAUAAUGGGGAUGAUUUAUGCCUCCUAUCAUAAUUAUCUAUUCUGGCUUAUUCAAGAUUUAGGCGGAUCAGAGUUAAAUAUGGGUAUGUGUGUCAGUAUUGGAGCUUUGGCAGAAAUACCUAUGCUGCUGUUAAGUCAGAAGAUGGUAAAGAAAAUGGGAAAUGCUGGUGUUGUAUCAUUAGCCUUAUUUUUACUCAGUUCUCGUGUUCUCAUUUAUUCGUUUAUCCCAACACCAUGGGCAGUCAUGCCUGCUGAAUUACUGCAUGCUUUCACUCAUACUGCUAUGUGGUUUGCUAUUCUUAGUUAUGAUGACUUUAAUGUGGGUGCUAUGAUAGACAGAAGUAUAAGAUCUGUGUUGUCCUCUGUGUAUUUUGGUGUGGGUUUUUCUGCUGGUUGUUUGAUUUCUGGGCUGGCUUAUGACCUUUUCGGCCAUGCCAUAAUGUUUCAGUGUGCUAGCGUUAUAGCUGGGGUGUGGUUUUUUCUUUUUUCUAUUGUUAGUAGAUGCAUUCCUAAAAAGGAGAGAAUUCGCUAUGUAAAACUUUUGCAUGCAGAAGAUUCUGAUACUGAUUCCAUAGAAGACGAUUGGUUAGAGAUGGCACUAAAAGAAAAUUGAUGUGUAUUAGUUUUUUAUUUGAAGAUGAUCUGGCCUGAGUUCACAAAGUAUUCCCAGACUUAAAGUUAAGAAUUUACUCAAAAUUGUUUGCCUUAUUUUAACUAAAAUAUAGGCCUUUUGUUGUUUUAAUGUAUCCAAUAUAUCAAUAAGAAACUACAUGUAUGUGCAAAGGUUUUUGUUUCUGGAUCAAAGAUAUUUCUCAUAAACAGUGAUUGAACAGUGAUUUGUGAAGUCAGCGCCUGAUCUAACAUCUAACUAUAAUUAUAUAAAGGGGUAUAUAUAUUGAUGCUUCUUGUGCAUGUCUUAAGGUUAUAACUGUAAUGUAUGCAUAAUUAUUUCACAUAUACUUCUACCUGUACACAGUAUUUGUUUAAAGGAUGUAAAACUAGUUAUACCACAUCCAUGCUCAAAAAAUGUUAAUGUGUUCUUAGAUUAUUGUCGUCCUAAUCCAUCAGCCCGUCCUGUUAAAAAACAAAAACAAAUAAAACACAUUUCACUAAUCACAAAAUCAAACCCUAUUACGUUGGACAUUGAUUAAUCAAUCAGCGUUGACAUUUCUAGUGGUUUACCCACUGUUCCGUGCUUCGCAUGCCAAGAACUUGCGGUAACAGACCGUUUCAUUGACUAAUCCCUCACUUUAACCAAAAUGCCAGAAAUAUUACAACUCUUCCAGAUCCUAGUGUAGUAAGUAAAAACAAGUAAAACAAAAUUUUGAACUAUGAAAAAUGAAACGAAAUAAGAUCUGUGUUUAAUCAGAUUGUCAUAAAUUGGACCCAAACAAAACUGAGGAUCGCAGAACUAUUGUUCACGCAUUUGUGGCUAGGGAUCAUUGAAACUGGGUAAUUGUCCUACAUUUCAUAGUGGUUUAGAAAUUUCUUUGUCCAAACUUGUUGAGAUGAUAGUCAAAAUAUACAUGUAUAAUAAACCCUGUUGAAAAUUAGCAUGGUGUAUGAAUCAUGUUAUUGAAACCUUAAGGUUACAGACUUCAAUAUUCUAAUUUUUGAAACUUAUUGGAAUGAUAACCCAUAAUGAAAUUUAGUUAGAGUCUUCAGUCUACUACAUUACACAUUUAUACAGGAUUCCGUAGCUCCAGAGAAAUUUGUAUUAAAACAUUUAACUUUUAUAAACUACCUAGGUGGUUUAGCUGCUGGUGAGCAUAUUCUAGUUUUUGAAACUUGUUGGAAUGUUCAGACAUUUAAGAUGAUAAACCGUAAUGAAAUUUAGAGCCAACAAACUACAUUUCACACUUAUAUGGGAUUUUGUACUUCCAUAGAAAUUUGUAUAAAAAUAUUUAACUUUUAUAAACUGCCUGUGUGGUUUAGCUGCUGGUGAGUGUAAGUUUUUGUGCUGCUGAAUCUCUGGUGUCUUGUAUAAAAGGUGUAAAUUAAGGGGCCUUAAGGAUUUGUAAUCAAAUUACAUAAUAUCCCUUGUAUUUUUUAACUUUGCUCAGGGCUAGGAACAGAAAACACUUAUUAGCCCUAACUAACUUUCCUGAAUACAAAGUUUUUAUUAUUAUAUAUGAUUUAAAAGUGUUGUGACUGGAUGAGCGAUGUAUUUAGUACAUUUUUGUGUACAUUGAAAUUGUGAUAGAACAUUAAGACCUAAUCCUUGGAAGCCAUUCCAUUUUUUUUUUUUUUUAAAUCUUUAUAAAUUAUAUGUUAUUUUUGUUUUUUGUUUUUUUGGGUUGUUUCUUUUUCCUACUUUGUUAUAUUGUUGGUUUAUUGUCUAUUAACAUUUGAUAUAUAAUUAUAUGUGUCUGUUAUAAUUAUAUUAAUACAUAAUAUAUAAUUAUAUGUGUCUGUUAUAAUUAUAUUAAUACAUAAUAUAUAAUUAUAUGUGUCUGUUAUAAUUAUAUUAAUACAUUGUCACCUAUUGUCAAGUAUAUGUAGUAGUACAUGUACAUUGUCUAUAUUUAUAUAUUAAAAAAAUGUAAAUUUAGAGGAAAAACAUAUAUGGUACACUGUCUGUACAAUUUUUCUCUACAUAUAAAACUUCUUGGCGUCUUCAUUAGCCCAGUUGGUGUAGAAAAGUAGGCUGUUAGAUCUCAUUUACAAAAAGUUUUACAACCAGUGUUUGUCAAUAAAUUUACUAGUAAUAGUCAAGAUAGGAAAACAAGAUUUUACAAUCUACCAGUGACUUCACAAGAAAAGUGUAGAACUUUUGAUAUGAUAAUAUUGCUGUUAUUGUGGGUUUCUUCAUUUGUAAAUAUGGUUCUAUUUUUAUGAGCUAGUCAUGCUGCAUGUUUAUCUUAAAACCAAAUUAGAUCCACGAUUAGAUACACUUGGGUUUGAAAUUUUACCACAAAACUAAGCCCUGUACUUAUACAAACAAAUAAUUUGAUUGGACAUUGAGUUUAGAUGGCAAUAAAGUGCAACAUUAAAAAUAAAUAAUCAUGUUAUACAUGGUUUAUUUGACAUAUGUUUCAGGCAUUUUGGAUGACCCUAAUAUCGUAAUAUGAGGUAUGCCUCUGUGUUGCUGUGUCGUUAUAGUGGAAAUUAGAAAUGAGCCCAAUGUUUGCAAUUCGUAAAUCUCUUGGUCUGUAUCCAUUGUUUCAGUCCCUGUCUUUCAUUCCCAUAAAGUAAUGGCGACUAUGGCAGAAAUUGGCACAAACCUUAGCCAAGGUCUAACCGUCUUGUUUUAAGACAGUCAGGGAUAUGCUCGAACAAUUUCAUUUGCAAGGGCACCUCUGAAGCUUAGUCUUAAAGUUUGGUGCAGCGUCAAAUUCGUAUUCCUUCCAUAGUACUUAGAUAUUGGUAUUGUGGUCGAAAAACUUGGUGCAAGUGUAAAAAUUUCCUUUUCGCCCACAGUAUUCUGGGUUGUGCCAUGACAUCAAGGAUUUUCGAACACGCAAAGCUGUUGGGUUGGUCUGCCAACUUGAUCCAACUGAAUGGUGCUGGAAAAUAACUGAUGGGACGUAUCUCACUAGAAAUUAGGCUUGUGAGGCGCUCUUGCAGGUAGAGUCGUCGUCAGAGUCUUGGUUUUAGAAUGCAGGGAAUAUGUGCAAAUAGAAGUAAAUGGAUGACGAAUCUACAGUUGUCUAUAACUUAAUAAUAAAAAAGUUAUUAGGUUUUUAAUCUAACAGUUGUAAUCGUUGUUAAAUUUAUAAUCUUUAUUUCUGUACAUCGCUGAUGAAGUAAGACAGCUUUGCAAGUUAAAGUGGGCGUUCCAGACAAAGGCACCACUUUUUUUACGCAUGAUUUCCAUUUCUGAUCUUUAAGAAUUCCGCAAUGUAAACACCUAUAUCUGCAAAGAUCUCAGCUUCUAAACAUAUCUCUCAACAUAUAUGUUAAGGGUUAAGGAAUACAUUGAUAGAAACGGAUUUUUUGGACCCCCAAAAUGUAGGUAUAUGCAAAACGAUUCUUGCGCUCCAAAUUUUUUUUGUCUCGAUACACCAUAUGGACGCAUUAUGUCUUCGGCCCUGUCCGGCCGUGUUUCAGUUCACACUUUUUGUGGACACUCUAUAGGUAACAUUGUUUUAUCCGUUGUUGAAGAAAUUUUAAGAUAUAAUAUAUGUUUAUUUCACAAAAAUUUUGACAAGCACGAUAAAUGUGAAACUCUUCACAGAAAAGUUAAUUCCAGUCCCUAUACAAAUUACCCAGAUGAAAACAAUAAUGAUGGUUGAUUUAGUUUGAGCACCCAUUUUGACAGAACUGAUGACAGAGCUGUUAAAGUUUGCGGGUAAAAAGGUCAAGGUUAAUUUGUGCAUGCGCAGUAAUCCGUGUUCAGACCGGUUAGCGUUACACUACGAAAAUUUAAAGCGAGCCAGUCCUGGUACCGUUCCGAGACCACCUCACUUCAGUGGCCCAGGUUGGCACCAUACCAGGCGCGGCACGCUUACGUUUGACCCGUUUACACUACAAAAAAGCGAAGCGUGCCGCACCUCAUACCGUGUCUGGUACACUUAAAAUUUGUAAUGUAAACGGAGUUAAUGGUUCAGGUCGAUUCCAACCCAUACCAUUAUGCUUGGAUCUCCCUACGAGUCCCGUUCCUUGACACAUUGGGCAGUAUAACGCUGGUCAGGUCGACGCCAUAUUCCGGUCCUGCCAUCUGCAGUUAAUACGCAGUACCGACUCUCAUCCGUGAACAGAACAGUUCUCCAUUGCCUGUGUCACCAGUUCUGCGGUUGUUGGAAAACUGUAGACUUUCACGUCGAUGGCGAGGGGUGAGGAUCAGUCCAUGGCAACGUCUACGGCAAUGGGUGUUCUCUCUGGUGAGAAGUCGGCGCACUGUAUCGCUACUGAUGGGUCUUCCGUGUGUUCCCACAGUCUGACGUGCUGUUUCAGAUGCAUGUGUGAAGGGAUUCUGCACGUGCUGUCGCACAACAUGGCGGUCUUAUUGUCUUGUGGUAACCCUUGGUCUACCAGUUCGGGGGCAAUCAUCCGGGUUUUUGGUGGCCCGAAAGCGUUGCUGAAGCCUGUAGAUGGUCCGAACAUUGACCUGGAAGAGAUUGGCAACGGCUGGGCAGUGUGGCCAGUGUCGAGUCUUCCAAGCGCCUGGUUCCUCUGAGCAGUUGUGAGUCGUGGCAUGUUGCUGACGAUGUAUUGUGAAAGAUUCAACCAGGUAUGGGGGUAAACUUUAUAGGGCUAGUCCCGAUGAACAGCACGUGUAGCAUGAGUUACAUGAAAAUCAUGGAGAACACAUCACCAUCUCAGACGUCGGGUUGCGUUUUUGAGAACAUUUCCUGGGUUUAAUUCUGUGUUUGGGAAGGAGCUUUAUUGCUGAGGUAAAGUUGGAGAUAUACAAUUAAAACAUUUGGCAAGUUUUAUGCAAUGCGUCUAUUCAGGAUAACAUACCAAUCUGACGUUUCUUUUGCUGCUUAGUAUAUCUUCCAGAUAUGUAGAUGCAGAAUUCGGAUGCAGCCCUGGCUACCCUGGGGAAAUUUAAAAUGGCCACCAUUGGAUAGUAUUCGAUAAAUUCAUGAUCAAUUUUGGGGGACCUAGGUUUAAAGUAGUUUCUAUAAGAAUUUGACCCGUUGAAUCCAAUGAGCAGGUGUAUUCCUAAUUCCGCUAAGGGGCCAAAUUCAAAAUAGGGGCUCAUUUUGGUUGGAGUAUUUGUCAUGCUUUAGUCCUUUGAUGCAGAGACGUUUUUACAUUACCAUUUUCUUCCAGGGACCACUAAACUUAGCUAAUUUGAGAACCAUAAGGCGUUUCGUUUGGUCAUAGCACAUUUUGCUGUUCAGAUAUACAUUCGGCAACCCCGAAACCCAGUAGUUUGACGAAUUACACUAUCACAUUACUAGCAUCGAAAUUUCCCGCGAAAUGUGGCCGCCAUUUUGAAUAUAACUGUCAUAUUGGAAUACCUUUUGGUUGGAACAUAUUUUUAUGUUUAUAUAUGAAUCACGUGAUCCCGAAAAGCCAUAUUUUAAUAUAUUACACACUUAUAUAGAGGACCCCAAUUUGAAUUAGCCGUCACCUUUGGGGUGGACACAAGCGCAUUGGUAUCAGUGGGUUUCUUAUAGAAACCAGUCUCAGACCAAGGCCCUGAGUAUUGGUCUCGCAUUUUACUCAACUAAAUGACCUAAAAAUGCCCAAUGCCGGCCAUCUUGAAUAUUUAAAUUUCUGUAACAUUCGGCAACACAAAACAAUUCAAAAAUGUACAAAUGCAGUUUAUUUUGAAAAAUGUAAAAAUGCAGUUUAUUUUGAAAAAUGGACACCUUCAGGUAAUCACCAAAACAGAUUUAUAAUAAAAUUAUAUCUUUAAUGUUCUUAUUUCUAGAGUUCAUUAAAUAGGUUAUAAUGUUA